GCUUUGCUUGCUCAAUUCAACUCCUUCUGACAAAAAAAAUAUCUUCUUUAUUAUUUUUAAAAAGAAAAAAGAAAUAGAGGGGUAUGUUGCGGGCAUUUGAUUUUUCUUUUCUUUCUGGAAAUUGGUAUUUGAAUUAAUAGAUUCUUGUGUAUGUAUUUUCUCAUCUAAACAUUAUUUAUUGCCAUCUUUGUCUUUAAAAUACUGUGUUUGUGCCCAAAUGGGUACAAAAGACAGAAUUUUCAUAGCUUUGUUCUUCAGAGUUACACUAUUCUACAUAUUUUCAUUGAAGUGUUGUUCUGCAAUUUAUAACAUAACUUCUUCCCGAGCUUUAUCUCAGGGCCAAACUCUGGUAUCCUCCAACCAACUUUUCGAGCUAGGCUUCUUUAGUCCCAAUAACUCUGCAAAUAAGUACGUGGGAAUCUGGUAUAAGCAAAUCUCACCCCUUGCAGUUGUGUGGGUGGCAAACAGAGACAACCCUCUCACAGUUGCAGACUCUCCACCAAGUCUAACCAUUGGCAGCAAUGGAAAUCUUGAGCUCUUGGAUAGAAACAACAACUCUGUUUGGUCAACCAAUGUCGAAAUCCGAUCCAAUAAUAGUUCUGUGGCAAUUCUUUCAGAUUACGGAAACUUAAUUCUCAAAGAUGGUACUCAGGACUUGUGGGAGAGCUUUAAGCAUCCUGCGGACACAUUCUUACCAGGAGCAGAGUUGGGUUUCAAUGUCAAAACUGGGGAGAGUUUUGUCCUAACUUCAUGGAAAAGCAAUAGUGACCCUGCAGUUGGAAAAUUCACUGCUGAAAUUUCAAAACAGAGACCCCCACAAGCUAUCAUUUGGGUAAACGAAUCGAAGGCAAAGCCACACUGGAGAAGUGGUCCAUGGGCUAAGAGUAAGUUCUCUGGUAUACCACAGAUGAAUACCUUUUAUCAAAGUCCAUUCAAUCUAGUAGAAGAAGCAGAGCAAGGAACAACACGCCUUCGUUUUAAUUGGGAUUACAGCAACUCUACAGUCUCAAAUAUGUUCCUCAAUUCUGGAGGUGUUUUAACAAUUGUAAGACAAGAAAAAGAUGAUGACAUUGACUGGGAUACGAACUGGGAGGCGCCGGAGACUCCGUGCGAUGUAUAUGGAGUUUGUGGACCUUUUGGGGUAUGCAACGACUUUGAAUCUCCGGUUUGUAAGUGUAUGAAAGGUUUUGGACCAAAAUCGUUAGAAGAGUGGAGCAAAGGAAACUGGACUAGAGGGUGCGAGAGACGCAGCCAAUUACUUUGCGACAAAAAUACCAGUGGCCUAGCUAAUUCGCAGAGAGGUAAAAAAGACGGAUUUUGGAAGAUAGGCAAUGUGAAAGUUCCCGAUUUUUACAAAUAUGUGGAGCCAUUAGAGCUUGAUUUUGCUGAUACGGAGAGCUGUCAAAAAUGGUGUCUGAAUAAUUGUUCUUGCAUAGCUUAUUCAUACGUGGAUAACAUAGGAUGUUUGGUCUGGUCUCAAGGCCUUAUAGAUAUCGAGCGGUUUUCAGAUGGUGGUGAAGACCUUUUCCUUCGCCUUGCUCACUCAGAACUAGUUGGUGGAGAUAAGGUAAAGAAGAUAAUCAUCAGCUUUGCAGUUCUUUCUACUGUUGGGAUCAUAGUUGUCAUAGUACUAUGUUUGAGAGCUAGAAGAGUGGGAAACAAUAAGGAGAUCACAGAGCACAUUGAUUUAAUACAGUCAAGUGACAGUUUAAAAGAUCAUCAAUUUUCAAGACAAGAUGAACCCUCCGACCUCCCUAGUUUUGACUUCGGGACCAUUUUACAUGUGACAAACAACUUCAGUUCAACAAACAAACUUGGGCAAGGAGGAUUUGGUUCUGUUUACAAGGGUAAAUUGGCUGAUGGGAGGGAAAUAGCAGUUAAAAGACUUUCUAGUAGCUCAGGGCAAGGCACAGAAGAGUUCAAGAAUGAGUUGAUAUUGAUCUCAAAACUCCAACACAGAAAUCUUGUUAGGCUCUUGGGUUGCUGCAUUGAGAAAGAAGAGAGAUUACUAGUUUAUGAGUUAAUGCCCAACAAAAGCUUGGACAAUUACAUCUUUGAUCCAAGAGGUAGAGAACAGCUGAAUUGGGAUGCACGAAUGAACAUCAUACUUGGAGUUGCCAGAGGUCUUUUAUAUCUCCAUCGUGACUCAUCUUUAAGAGUGAUACACAGAGAUUUAAAGGCCAGCAACAUUCUUUUGGAUGAGAAGAUGAACCCUAAAAUAUCAGAUUUCGGAUUGGCUCGCAUUUUCCAAGAAACGAUAGACCUGGCAAACAGUACUCAAAGGGUUGUUGGAACUUUAGGCUACAUGUCUCCUGAAUAUGCCAUGGGUGGAGUCUUUUCAGAAAAAUCAGAUGUUUUUAGCUUUGGUGUCUUGAUCUUAGAGAUAGUGAGCGGCAAGAGGAACUCUAACUUCCAUUAUUAUGAACAGAACCUUAGCCUGGUUGCUUAUGCAUGGCAAUUAUGGAGUGAAGGAAGAGGAGUAGAGUUUGUAGAUGAUGCAAUAGGCGGCUCAUAUGUUGAAUUAGAAGCAAUAAGAUGCUUACAUGUUGGGUUGUUAUGCGUACAAGAUCAUACCACAGAUAGACCAAGCAUGGCAGAUGUCGUUUUAAUGCUCGGCAAUGAAACAAAUCGUCCCCAACCCAUUCGACCUAUCUUUAUUUUUCAUAACUCCGCCAGAUCGAAAAAGCCUACUGCGUGCUCUGUCAAUGAAGCCACGGUCUCAAUGAUUGAAGGUCGUAUCAUUAAGCCAUCUUUGUCUCUACUUAAAUUCUUAGUUUGUGCUCAAAUGGGCGCAAAAGAUAGAGAUUCCAUAGCUUUAUUCUUUCGAGCACUAUUCCACCUUGUUUCAUUUAAAUGCUGCUCCGCAAUUUAUAACAUAACUUCAUCACAAGCUUUAUCUCAGGGCCAAACUCUGGUCUCCUCCAACCAAGUUUUUGAGUUAGGCUUCUUUACUCCCAAUAACACUGCAAACAAGUUCGUGGGAAUCUGGUAUAAGCAAGUCUCACCCCGAAGAGUUGUGUGGGUGGCAAACAGAGACAGCCCUAUUACAGUUGCAGACUCUCCACCAAGUCUAACCAUUGGCAGCAAUGGAAAUCUUGAGCUCUUGGAUAGAAACAACAACUCUGUUUGGUCAACCAAUGUCGAAAUCCGAUCCGAUAAUAGUUCAGUGGCAAUUCUUUCAGAUUACGGAAACUUAAUUCUGAAAGAUGAUACUCAGGACUUGUGGGAAAGCUUUAAGCAUCCUGCGGACACAUUCUUACCAGGAGCAGAGUUUGGUUUCAAUGUCAAAACUGGGGAGAGUUUUGUCUUAACUUCAUGGAAAAGCAAUAGUGACCCUGCAGUUGGAAAAUUCACUGCUGAAAUUUCAAAACAGAGACCCCCACAAGCUAUCAUUUGGGUAAACGAAUCGAAGGCAAAGCCACACUGGAGAAGUGGUCCAUGGGCUAAGAGUAAGUUCUCUGGUAUACCACAGAUGAAUACCUUUUAUCAAAGUCCAUUCAAUCUAGUAGAAGAAGCAGAGCAAGGAACAACACGCCUUCGUUUUAAUUGGGAUUACAGCAACUCUACAGUCUCAAAUAUGUUCCUCACUUCGGGAGGUGUUCUAACAAUUGUAAGACAAGAAAAAGAUGAAGACGUUGACUGGGAGACGAACUGGGAGGCACCGGAGACUCCGUGCGAUGUAUAUGGAGUUUGUGGACCUUUUGGGGUAUGCAACGACUUUGGAUCUCCGGUUUGUAAGUGUAUGAAAGGUUUUGGACCAAAAUCGCUCGAAGAGUGGAGCAAAGGAAACUGGACUAGAGGGUGCGAGAGACGCAGCCAAUUACUUUGCGACAAAAAUACCAGUGGCCUAGCUAAUUCGCAGAGAGGUAAAAAAGACGGAUUUUGGAAGAUAGGCAAUGUGAAAGUUCCCGAUUUUUACAAAUAUGUGGAGCCAUUAGAGCUUGAUUUUGCUGAUACGGAGAGCUGUCAAAAAUGGUGUCUGAAUAAUUGUUCUUGCAUAGCUUAUUCAUACGUGGAUAACAUAGGAUGUUUGGUCUGGUCUCAAGGCCUUAUAGAUAUCGAGCGGUUUUCAGAUGGUGGUGAAGACCUUUUCCUUCGCCUUGCUCACUCAGAACUAGUUGGUGGAGAUAAGGUAAAGAAGAUAAUCAUCAGCUUUGCAGUUCUUUCUACUGUUGGGAUCAUAGUUGUCAUAGUACUAUGUUCGAGAGCUAGAAGAGUGGGAAACAAUAAGGAGAUCACAGAGCACAUUGAUUUAAUACAGUCAAGUGACAGUUUAAAAGAUCUUCAAUUUUCAAGACAAGAUGAACCCUCCGACCUCCCUAGUUUUGACUUCGGGACCAUUUUACAUGUGACGAACAACUUCAGUUCAACAAACAAACUUGGGCAAGGAGGAUUUGGUUCUGUUUAUAAGGGUAAAUUGGCUGAUGGGAGGGAAAUAGCAGUUAAAAGGCUUUCUAGUAGCUCAGGGCAAGGCACAGAAGAGUUCAAGAAUGAGUUGAUAUUGAUCUCAAAACUUCAACACAGAAAUCUUGUUAGGCUCCUGGGUUGCUGCAUUGAGAAAGAAGAGAGAUUACUGGUUUAUGAGUUAAUGCCCAACAAAAGCUUGGACAAUUACAUAUUUGAUCCAAGAGGAAGAGAACAGCUGAAUUGGGAUACUCGGGUGAACAUCAUACUUGGAGUUGCUAGAGGUCUUUUAUAUCUCCAUCGUGACUCAUCUUUAAGAGUGAUACACAGAGAUUUAAAGGCCAGCAACAUUCUUUUGGAUGAGAAGAUGAACCCUAAAAUAUCAGAUUUCGGAUUGGCUCGCAUUUUCCAAGAAACGAUAGACCUGGCAAACAGUACUCAAAGGGUUGUUGGAACUUUAGGCUACAUGUCUCCUGAAUAUGCCAUGGGCGGAGUCUUUUCAGAAAAAUCAGAUGUUUUUAGCUUUGGUGUCUUGAUCUUAGAGAUAGUGAGCGGCAAGAGAAACUCUAACUUCCAUUAUUAUGAACAGAACCUUAGCCUGGUUGCUUAUGCAUGGCAAUUAUGGAGUGAAGGCAGAGGAGUAGAGUUUGUAGAUGAUGCAAUGGGUGGCUCAUAUGUUGAAUUAGAAGCAAUAAGAUGCUUACAUGUUGGGUUGUUAUGCGUACAAGAUCAUACCACAGAUAGACCAAGCAUGGCAGAUGUCGUUUUAAUGCUCGGCAAUGAAACAAAUCGUCCCCAACCCAUUCGACCUAUCUUUAUUUUUCAUAACUCCGCCAGAUCGAGAAAGCCUACUGCAUCCUCUGUCAAUGAAGCCACGGUCUCAAUGAUUGAAGGUCGUUAACACCUUUUUUUUUGGUACAAAUGUGACCUUUGUUAUUCGUUCCCUUCUUUAUGAGAUGGAAAUAGCUUAGAGGAAAAAAAAAUUCAAGGUAAAUAAUUGAAAAGAAAAAUACUAUGUGAUAAUACAACUUUUGCAUACUCUACUUUCUAGUAAUUGUUUGACCUUA